AUGCCCGCCCGUGCCAGUCAACCCUAUGCCGCUGACCUCAAGCUUGAGUCCUGCCGGCUGGAGGACUUUGAGGUGGGGCGCGUGCUGGGCACCGGCAGCUUUGGGCGCGUCAGCCUGGCACGGCACCGAGGAACGGGGCUUGUGUGCGCUAUCAAGGCGCUGUCCAAGGCGCACAUAAUUUCGCACCUGCGCAGCGAGCGCGACAUCCUGCGCCAGCUGGACCACCCGCUGCUGGUGCGCAUGCACGGCUGCUGCCAGGACGAGCAGUGCGUGUACUUCGUCAUGGAGUAUGUGCCAGGCGGCGAGUUCUUCAGCCACCUGAAGAACAAGGGCAAGCUGAGCGAGGAGGCUGCGCGGCUGUAUGCGGGGGAGGUGCUGCUCAUGUUUGAUUACCUGCACACCCAGGACAUUGUGUACCGAGACCUCAAGCCCGAGAACCUUCUGCUGGAUGCAGCGGGGCACCUCAAGCUGACUGACUUUGGGUUUGCAAAGGCCAUCGGUGCCAAGCGCACGUACACGCUGUGUGGCACGCCAGACUACCUGGCCCCGGAGAUCAUCCUCAACAAGGGCCACGGCAAGGCGGUGGACUGGUGGGCGCUGGGGGUGCUGAUCUACGAGAUGCUGGCGGGGUACCCCCCCUUCCUGGAUGACGACCCGCUGUCCACGUACAAGAAGAUCCUCAAGGGCGUGCUCACCUUCCCGCCACACCUGUCGGUCACGGCGCGCGACCUCAUCCGCAAGCUGCUGCAGGUGGACCUGAGCAAGCGGUACGGCUGCCUGGCGGGCGGCGUAAACGACAUCAGGAGCCACCCCUGGUUCCGCCCACUCGACUUUGCCGCACUCAAGAUGCGCACGCUGCAGGCUCCCAUCAGACGACACCAGCAACUUUGA